GCCUUCUGCUGACGCCGACGUCGCAUGAGGGAGCUGGAGGGACGCUCGGAUCGCGGCCGGGAGGCUCCUAGGGGCCGAGGCUCCGAGGUUAUAAUAUAACUUAUCCUCUCAUGCUUUUUCCCUGUCCCUUCUCCCCAAAUCAUCAACAGUAGAAAAGGAAGAAGAAGGAAACAUGUCAGGACACAAAUGCAGUUAUCCCUGGGACUUACACGAUCGAUAUGCUCAAGAUAAAUCAGUUGUAAAUAAGAUGCAGCAGAAGUAUUGGGAAACGAAGCAGGCCUUUAUUAAAGCCACAGGGAAGAAGGAAGACGAACACGUCGUUGCCUCCGACGCAGACCUGGAUGCCAAGCUGGAGCUGUUUCACUCGAUUCAGAGAACCUGUCUGGACUUGUCUAAAGCAAUUGUACUCUAUCAAAAGAGAAUCUGUUUCUUGUCUCAAGAAGAAAACGAACUGGGAAAAUUUCUCCGAUCCCAAGGCUUCCAGGAUAAAACCAGAGCAGGAAAAAUGAUGCAAGCGACAGGAAAGGCCCUCUGCUUUUCUUCCCAGCAAAGGUUGGCCUUGCGAAAUCCUUUGUGUCGCUUUCACCAAGAAGUGGAGACGUUCCGGCAUCGGGCCAUCUCGGACACUUGGCUGACUGUGAACCGCAUGGAGCAGUGCCGGACUGAAUACAGAGGGGCGUUAUUAUGGAUGAAGGAUGUGUCCCAGGAGCUUGAUCCAGACCUCUACAAGCAAAUGGAGAAGUUCAGGAAGGUGCAAACACAAGUUCGCCUUGCCAAAAAAAGCUUUGACAAAUUGAAGAUGGAUGUGUGUCAAAAAGUGGAUCUUCUGGGAGCGAGCAGAUGCAAUCUCUUGUCUCAUAUGCUAGCAACAUACCAGACCACUCUGCUCCAUUUUUGGGAGAAAACUUCUCACACUAUGGCAGCCAUCCAUGAGAGCUUCAAAGGUUAUCAGCCAUAUGAAUUCACUACGUUAAAGACCUUACAAGACCCUAUGAAAAAGCUGGUUGAGAAAGAAGAAAGGAAGAAGAUUGCCCAGCAGGAAAGUGCAGAGGCCUCAGUGGAGGAACCAAGUCAGUUAAUUUCAUUAGAGGAUGAAAACCAGCACAAGGAAUCCUCUAGUUUUAAGAAUGAACUAUUAGACAUGAAACUCGAGGAAGGUGCUUGCCUGGGCCCAAUGGCAGGGACCCUGGAACCUGAAGGUGCUGACAAAGAUGACCUGCUGCUGUUGAGUGAAAUCUUCAACGCUUCCUCCCUGGAAGAGGGCGAGUUCAGCAAAGAGUGGGCUGCUGUGUUUGGAGACAGUCGGGUGAAGGAGCCAGCACCCACUGCGGCCCCAGGAGAGCCAGACCCCAAGCCCCAGACAGGCUCAGGAUUCCUUCCUUCACAGCUUCUAGAUCAAAAUAUGAAAGACUUACAGGCCUCACUGGAAGGCUGGUCAGAGAGCAAUGUCAAUCCUACUUCUCCUCCAUGGCCAGCACCAAAGGCAAGCAGUCCAAACGGCAGUAGCCCUGCAGUGAAAGAGCCUGCCAAGCCCUCCUCGGACCUGACUGCCUGGUUCAGCCUUUUCGCCGAUCUCGACCCAUUAUCAAAUCCUGAUGCUGUUGGGAAAACCGACAAAGAACAUGAAUUGCUGAAUGCAUGAGUCUGCAGCCUCCAGGAAGGAGCCCACAGGCGGCUCCAAAUCAGCACACCCCGGGGGCUUGCAGAUGUAGGAAGCGAUCAGUAUGCUGUUUUAAUAUUUACGUGCCAUUUUAAUAAAAUGAAAGGGUCGAAGGCCCUGUUUAUAUUGGUA